ACCAAUUUCAUAAAUUCAAGUCUCAUUCAUAUUUUAUUGCGAUGCCCUUACAAAUCCCCCACCCGAAUAAUGCUCUACAUCUCUACAGACACUUACUACGUGAAGCCACAUACCUUCCUGCUCUCUGUAGGCCAUGGAUAACUUCGCGCAUAAAAGCUCGUUAUCGCGAUUGUGAACAUGAAAAGUACCCCAAGCGCUAUAUCAAAGAUGCUCACCAUCAUCUACGAAAUUUUCGGUCCGCCAACGAUGGCAAUGUCAAGCGAAUGCUACGACUAUGCUAUAUGGCAACAGGAAGGGCCGGCAAACGACGUCGUCUACUAGGCAAAACCGAACUAUCCAGCGACCCUCCUACUACCUCCGCCGAGCUGGACGAGAAAACCAUACUAGCCAACGUCGACGAACAACAAUACCGCGACUGGGUGGACAAUUGGGAUAUGGAAAAGGUCAAAGCCAUUGCGUUAUCACAGGCCGAACGGAGCGAGAAAGACCUGCCGUAUCAUAUGCGCCGAACUAUAGAUCCGAGAAAAGCCAUCCCAACCGAGAACAGUUUCGGUCGCCCAUUAUCCAAGAAGUUAGCCCGCAACAAGUUAAAGAAACAUUGGGCCCAGAUUCUCCGCCAGCUAUUGCCUCCAUUGCCUAAGGGAGAAUGGGAUCAGUUGGGUACCCUGGCCCGGGGUGAAGCUGACCCUCAGUAUUAUAAGUUGCCCAAGAGGAGACCAGUUGCGCAACUUAUCGCCCAAGACGAUCCUCAAUCAGACCACCUACCGUUCUGGGCGGAUCUCGUGACCAAGCCGAUGCGGAUGAUAGAGAGGCCAAAUUCUCGAAAGAUGAAGAGUCUUAGUGGUGGUGAAGAUGAAGAUCCUCGAGGACACGGCCGCAAGAUCGGUGUCCGGGUGUUAAAUCAAAGAAAGCUACGUCGUGGAAUAUAUCUUCCUGUCUGGGAGGCAUCUCCUAUUGUCGAUAAGAAUCCUCGCUCGGGAAAAUGGUUAGUCACUUGGGGCAAUCACCAGACCAAGGUAUCUCGCCCUAGAAAGAAGGAUCUACAAUUCUUCCAAGGUGUCAACGAGGUUGGCCUACCUAUACGAUCUGCGCCCACAAGAAAAGACACUUGAUCAUAGACAGCUUCUAAAAUUCUAUAAAACUGGAGACGU